UGCCCUUCCGUUGUUCAUUUCGGUUAGCGAACCCCUUACUCUCUGCAACUGUCAUGGCUACAGACGAACUAGACACUCGAAAGAAGCAUCGAAGGUCUCCUGAUGAAGGAGCAGAGGAGGAUUCAAAGCGCCGGAAGCAUAGCCACCAUCGCCGCAACAGCAGUCAUCAUCGACGUCGGCAUCGACAUCGCAGCAGCAAACAUGGGGACGAUAGCAAGUACGAAGAUGACGACACUGCUUUCCCUAAUUCACGUCCCGACGACGAGAAGGAAGAGGGGGAGAUUCUAGAAGAAGAGGAAGAAGAUCGCGGCGCCGGUCCUGAGGAGGUGUUGAAAAAGAAAAUAGACUCCGAUGUUGAGUCUGGUGAGAUUAAGCUGGAAGAAGUCGUUGGCAGAUCGGGUAAUCGCGAUCCGGGAAUUCAUGGUGGGAGAAGCUCUCCUGGAAAAUCUGGAGAACUUGAGCCAAACCUCAAUUCACUGCCUGGUGAUGGUAUAGAAAAAAAUGCUCAAAGAUCAGAGACAUUAAAUGUUUAUCAGGGGAGUGAUGAUGUGGCAUGCGAUUUGGCAGUGAAUGUGAGAAACAACUCUGACAGUUAUCUGACUGUACUCUCUGAUGGAGAGGAUGUUGAAAUGAAAAGUUUCAAGGAUUCGUAUCUAAGGGAUUCAAGGACUGAACAUUCGCCAUACAGGGACAAGGAGCAUAAUGUGAGGGAAAUUGAUAGGAUGAAUGCCGGCUCUGAAAAUAUCAGGUCUAGGGAGAAGAAGGGGGAAAUGCCAGGUGAUAUAUCUCCCAGGGUUGGUGGGGUGAGCUGUGAAAAUGGGAAUAUUGGUCACAAAUCCCGUAAGGAGGAAAGAAGGCGACACAAAGGAUCUGGAUCACCAGCUGCUAGAGAAAAUGUUCGUCAAAGAAGAAAUAGAAAGACUAAUGACAGUGGUGGUGGAAUCAUCAAUAGUAAUAGGGAAACAGAAUUACAUAAUUCUAUAAGAUACGAGUCCAGGCUGCCUUCAGAAUCAAUUGAUGGUGUGAGAAAUGGUUCAGGGGAUGAGAAUAAAUUAGUUUCUCCUGGCAAGUACAAAACGUUGUCAUACUCCUUAUAUCAUGAGAAGUAUUAUGAUAAGGCCCGCAGAAACAGGUCCAGGUCACGUGAUAGCAUGGGAGACAGGAGAUCUCGGUCCCAAAGUGUGCAAUCACAUCGAGAUGAUGACCGAAUUCAACUAUUUGAUUCACGAGAGAAGGAAACAAAUAAUUCUGAUCGUGCAAGAGUAAGAAACAGUCGGGAGGACAGGCAUGGUAGUAGAGACUGGGUGAGGGAUGGUGAGAUAGAGCAGAGCUAUAGCAGAUGCAGUGAUAGAGAGGUUAGGCAUGGCAGUCGAGAGACUUGGGACAGAGAUAGGAAAAGAGUAAGGGGGAGGGAGAGUGAUAAGGAGAGAGACAGAGAUAGGAAUAGGGACAAGGAUUGGGAGAAGGACAGGGAGAGGGAGAGGGAGAGGGAGAGGGAGAGGGUUAGGGAGGAGGACAGAGACAGGGAGAGGGACAGGGACAAGGACAGAGAGAGGGAGAGGGAGAGGGAGAAGGAGAGAGAGAAGGAGGAGAGAGUUAGGGGUAAGGAUAGGAGUAGGGAGACUGAGAAUGAUAGAUUGGGCAGACAUAGAUAUGAUGGUCUUGAAGGUGCAUAUGGUGGUCGAGAUAGGUCUAAAGAAUCUAGGCGUUCAAAACAUGAUGAGAAGGAUUACCAUGACAGGAAAGGAAUAAAAGGUCCAAUAAAGGUGUCUUGUAUCAUGGAUGACGAUCUGGAAAGACGUGAAAAGAAAUCACAAAGAGAUGAAGAAGCAGAAGAAGACUAUGAAGAUAGGGUUUCAUUACAAUUAGCAGAACAAGAAGAAGAUGACGUUGACAGAAUUAAGGAGGAGAGCAGAAAAAGAAGGCAAGCCAUAUUAGAAAAAUAUAAACAACAGCAACAUCAGUCACCACAACAGGUUGAACCUCCUGUUCAAGCCUCAAAUAAAGAGGAGACUGGCUCUCUCAAUGUUGACAAGGCAGCAGAACAGUCACUUCCUCCAAAAGUGGUUAAUUCCACUUCUGACGUUCCUGAGGGUAGGAAUGGUAGUCCAGAUGCUGAUUUUCCUGAGCCUACAUUUUCUGUAUGGAAAUCGCUUCCGCAUAAUGGAACUUUGGUUUGUGGGAGUACAUCCAGUGCUGGGGCUUUAGGGGAUGGGACUCCAAAGAGUGAGAGAUCAGCAGAUAUGUUCUGCGAUGAUAUUUUUGGAGAAUCACCUGCUGGAGUUCGUAAAAUGGGAAAAGGAGAUGGUUUGCAUAUUGAAAGGAGUGGUCUUCAUGACAAUUGGGAUGAUGCAGAUGGUUAUUACAGCUACCGAUUUGGAGAAAUACUUGACGGAAGGUAUGAAGUUACUGCAGCUCAUGGGAAAGGCGUCUUUUCAACUGUAGUUCGUGCAAAGGACCUCAAGGCUGGGAAGUGUGAUCCUGAAGAGGUGGCCAUAAAAAUCAUACGCAAUAAUGACACUAUGUACAAGGCAGGUUUAGAAGAGCUGAUAGUAUCGAAGAAGCUAGCUGGUGCAGAUCCUGAGAGUAGACGUCAUUGUGUUCGAUUUAUCUCAAGUUUCAAGUACCGGCAUCAUCUUUGUUUAGUUUUUGAAUCUCUUCAUAUGAAUCUUCGUGAGGUACUAAAGAAAUUUGGUCGUAAUAUUGGCCUUAAUCUGACAGCUGUAAGAGAAUAUGCCAAACAGCUUUUUAUUGCCUUAAAGCAUCUUCGGAACUGUGGAGUCCUGCAUUGCGACAUAAAGCCAGAUAAUAUGGUGGUUAAUGAGGCAAAAAAUGUGUUGAAGCUUUGUGAUUUUGGCAAUGCCAUGUUUGCCGGAAAAAAUGAGAUCACACCAUAUCUUGUGAGCCGCUUCUACCGUGCUCCCGAAAUAAUUCUUGGCUUGCCAUAUGAUCAUCCCAUGGAUAUGUGGUCUGUUGGUUGCUGUUUGUAUGAGCUUUAUUCUGGUAAAGUACUUUUUCCAGGCCCGUCAAACAAUGACAUGUUGCGUCUCCACAUGGAGUUGAAGGGUCCUUUUCCAAAGAAAAUGCUUCGCAAGGGUGCAUUUACCAAUCAGCAUUUUGACCAAGAUUUGAAUUUUCAUGCUACUGAAGAAGAUCCUGUUACAAAGAAGACUGUAAAUCGGUUGCUUCUCAAUAUUAGGCCAAAGGAGAUUGGUUCCUUAAUUACAAGCUCUCCUGGUGAGGAUCCAAAGAUGUUGGUGAAUUUCAAAGAUCUUCUGGAAAAGAUAUUUGUCUUAGAUCCAGAAAAGAGGAUGACAGUAUCUCAAGCACUGACUCAUCCAUUCAUCACGGGCAAGUGAACAAAGAUGCUGGUUUUAUGACCCCAGAAAUGCUGUUGAGCUAGAUACAUGUACAGUAUGAUCUCAAUUUAUAUUCAGCUCUCUAAUCAUUGGGCGUUUCUCUGUCUUUAUCUCUCUAUGAUGGCCCAAAAGGAUCGACACAGUUAUUGGCGUGAUGAAAUGCAAAGAAGAUGAUUUUUGUGGUCUGAAGACCUUCCUUCUUGGCGGUUCUUUCAGUGGGAUGGGUUCUGUUUCUAUUGUAAGACAACUCGCCAAUGGCGUUUUCAUCUCUUGUAAAUCACUCUUGAUGAUGGGUCUUGUGAAGAUUUGUAUCUUACCCCCCCCCCCCUGAAAUUUUCGUUCCAAGUUUGAAAACAGUCUCCUGCAAAAUUUCAUAGGCUUUAUGUGCAUUAGAAAAUUCCUAACAAUGCUACCUAUUAAACUAAACUUUGUGAGGCUGUAAGAAUUGUUCCUUUUACUUUUGGAAAAGAUAGCCUGGACAGAAUGUUAUCCCUUCAGAUAGCUUCCAUCUUUCCUUCUGA